AUGGCCAGGCACUACCUCCCGGAGGCCGCCAGCCCGGCGCUCGAGCUGCCGCCGCCGCUCUCCUUCUGGGCCCCGCAGCAGGCGUGGGGCUGGCCCGCCGGGGGCCCGCCGGAGAGCAGCCGCGGCUCGCCCGCCUCUUCGCCCGAGUCCGGCGCCGGCAGCCUCUCGCCCGCCUCCCCGCCGCCCUGCCCCUGCCCUUGCCCCCGCGGUUCGGGCAGCGCCUGCCGGGCCGAGCCGGGCGCCAAGGCGGGCCGGCGAGGGCGGCUGGGCGGCGGGCAGCGGCAGAGCGCCAGCCAGCGCGAGAAGCUGCGCAUGCGGCGCCUGGCCAAGGCCCUGCACACCCUGCGCCGCUUCCUGCCCGCCUCGGUGGCGCCCGCCGGCCGCAGCCUGACCAAGAUCCAGACGCUGCGCCUCACCAUCCGCUACAUCGCCCACCUCUCCCAGCUGCUGGGCCUCAGCCACGAGCUGCUGGCCUGGAGGGGCGCCGCGCGGGCCCGCCGCUGCCAGCUGUGCCCGCCGGGCCUCGGCUGCUGCCAGGCCCCCAGCCCGAGCCCGGCCACGCAGCCGGAGCCGCCGGGACGGGACGCACGCGCCGCGCCCGCCGCCCAGGCCUGGCCUUCGCCCGCCCCCUGCCCCCCGCCCCCCGCCGCUGCGGACGCCCCCUCGGGCCUGGGCCUGGGCCCCGGCCUCUUCCCCAGCCCCGCCGCAGACGCAGACACGGCCGCGUGGCUUUGGGCCUCUCCUGGCGCCGACGGGCCGGACGACGCUGGAAGCCGGACGACGGCGGCCGAGGCGCUGCUGCCGGCAGCUGAGCUCCCGCAGGCCGGCCUCUCCCCGCAGAGCCUCCCCGACGAGCUGCUCUCCUUCCUCGAGGGCUUCCUCCCGCCGGCUUCCCAGGACUGACCUCCCCGGCUCCGCGCUCUGCCUGCCGGCCUGACGCUCGAACUGCGGGGCGCUGCAGAGCCAGCCGCCCCCCGACGCUGGAACCGCCGCGGCCGAGGGGUGGCGCCCGCCUCCUCCCGAAGCACCGGGGCUCCGGAAAGCGCAGGCGGGAUGCUCCAGGGGAGCGCCGAGAGCUUCCCGCGGCACGCCGCCGCCUCCCCUGGGACUGCGACUUACGACGGAAGGGCUGCACACCUGGGCUCGCUCUUGGACGUGACCAACCUGCGGGCAGAGCCUGCCCCACCUUGGCUGGGGCGCCGAGUGGGGAAGGAUCUUCAGGCUGGACUCCCGCCUUCAAGGGCCGCCCCUCGUCCCUGCUUCUUCUUCGUGCUCUUCCGACGGCUCAACAGCCAGCGAAUUACAGUAUGGAUGCCUCAGGGAUCGUUUCGGACUGAAAACCAGCCUGGCUGGAGUGCUGGAUGAGGAACUGAGGGAGCUCUGAGACCCCCCCCCCUCGGCCAUGAAACUCACUGGGUGACCCCGGGCCAGCUGCUCUUUCUCUGCCUAACCUACCUCGCAGGGAUGUUGUGGCGAUAAAAUGAGAAAGAGGACCUUGAAUGGGCUCCCUGGAAGAAAGGCAGGAUAAAAAUGGGUUAGAUGGAAGGGGUGCAUGUUAGGGUUUUCCUUUUCAUUUGCUGGAAAAAACAGUCCCAUGACACCUCCAAAGUUAUAUUUUUAAUGUGUUGUGCUAGUUGAGGUGGGGCUGGCUGCAAGUAGACUGUGGAAGAACCAUCUCUUCGAGAAAGCAGCUCCCUCUACUUAGUAUACACGACUCCGAGAUCGGGCUCCGUCUACUAGCCACAGCAAUAGGAGAAGGGGAGAGGGGGGCUCUUGAAGGUGGUGGUGGUGGUGAAAACGGGGGUGGUUUGGUUUUAUUUAUGUUCUUUGGUUUUGUAUGAUAAGCUCUUUCCAUUUUUGUAAGGGAGAAUUGGAGGAGCACCAGAAAAGCACGAAAUAUUUUCUUUUUUGAAAUGAGUGGAAUGUUUUUCAAGAUAAGAUUUUACUAACUUAAAAUAAACAUGUCUUAUAAGACAAUCUAUAACAUUAAAGAAUGGAAAUUUGCUGUGUAUACUGUGUUGUGGUUAUGGCGACCCCUGGUGGAGUUUUCAUGGCAAAAGACUAAGAGCCAAACUACAAGUGACGCCUGACACAGGUUGGACACUUGUCAGCUUCCCUCAAGUUUUGAUGGGAAAUGUAGGCGUCCUGGUCUUGCCGCUGUAAUGGAGAGCCAAGCUGUAAAACCAGGGCGCCUACAUUUCCCAUCAAAACUUGAGGGAAGCCGACUAGUGUCCAACCUGUGUAAGACGUCAC